AUGUUGGUAGUGGGAAACCACGGCUUCAAAAUCCCCACACCCAACAUAAUUGCCGAUAUCGCAGCGGGCCGCACGCGAUAUAGCCAAGGCUUCUCGCUGCGAUCUCGUCAACAUGUCGCUGCGACCUCGUCAAAGUCUCGCUGCCAUAUCGCUCCCUCUCAAAAAUUUGAAAUUUUAAAAACAUUUUUUUUGCUUUAUUUUUGACUUUUAUGAUGAAAUCAAUCAAAUUCAAGAAAAAAAACAUUUUUGAAGAAAAAUUUUUCAGAGAGCGAUGUAGCGCAAGACGUUUGCGAGGUCGCAGCGAGAGGCGAGCGAUAUCGCUCGCGGCUCCCCCGCGGUAUAGCGUUACUCUCGCUGCGAUAUAGUCCACAAAAUUGGGUGCAGCCGCACACACAAGAACGGAUAUGUCACUCGAGCCAGUCCACUGAUUAUCAGUUAUCAGGAUAGGACCCCGGCUAACCGACUUAAGGCGCCGACACCGCUCAAGCGGUUCAAACGCGUAGGAAAAAGACUGCGUCUCUUUUGAAAGGCCCUAUCUGUCAGGAAGUCGACUUCGCCUUGGAAAGAAGCCACGUUUCGGCUCAAAUCUUAAACUAUUCAAAAUAUUUUCACUUCUGCAUAUCAGUAGGAAGUUAAUCAUUCAGUAGAGAUAAUGAACAAAUUCGAAAACAGAACUAUUCAAAAAGGGAAAAAAGGUUUUUUAAUGAUAUUUUACCCCUGUCGUCAAUAGGAAUAACCCAACUUCAGCAAAAAAAAUAAUAUAUCCCAAAACGGAGUAGAAGACUUUAUUAAGGUUUACCAAAACUUCUUUUCUAAACAUGAAAUGAAAACAGCAGAUAAGUUUUGACGUUUCAGACUAUCAGCAUAGUUUUUUUUUUCAGUUUUCGUUAAAUCGCAAACCGCUACUCCCUGACGUCAUUUUAUGACAUCAUCCGUAACAAAAGAAAUAAGCGUAAUCAAAAUAUUUGGCUAUAUAUUCAUUUUAUUCACGUGAACAUGAUUCAGCAGAUUAUUAUUAUCUCAUUUCAUCACGUCGACUGGUCGGUCUCAUUGCCGCUCUCUCAUGGGAUAACAUUCCGACGCCCGUCAGCCCUGGACAAGCUGGGCGCCGUACUGUUCCAACAUGGUGAAGCAGUUUAUUCGCUAGUACUACCAACGGGCCAACAUUAUUUCCCAACGCUAGCUGUCACUCCGGGACGUAUUGGACAACGAUUGUGGACCGUCACCCGCGCCGACGACUAA